AUGGACAACGCACAGCUCUCCAACGCGGUCAAGGCGUUCCAGAACCGCAAGCCACUGCCAAAAAUCGACUUCACCCAGCACACCAUGGAGGACGGAUCGGUGGUGUCGACGAUCGACAGACCCAUCAAGUCGGUGCCUGCACCCGCCACUAGCAAGCCGUCCGACGACGACGUGUUCGACCGAGCCACCGGGAAACCCAACUUGGAGUUUCUUAAGGACCACAUUUACCGAGAAGGCCGACUGUCCAACGAGCAGGCGAUUCGCAUCGUAGAGGCCGGAUCGCGUAUUCUAGAGCAAGAACCAACCCUGCUGGAGAUGGACGCCCCCAUCACCAUCUGUGGAGACGUGCAUGGCCAGUUUUACGAUCUGCUCAAGUUGUUUGAGGUUGGAGGAACCCCCGGACCCAGUACACAGUACCUGUUCCUGGGCGACUACGUGGAUCGAGGCUACUUUUCCGUCGAGUGCGUGCUCUACCUGUGGUCGCUGAAAAUCCACUACCCGGACUCCAUCUACCUGCUGCGAGGCAACCACGAGUGCCGUCAUCUGACCGAAUACUUCACAUUCAAGCGGGAAUGUGUCCACAAGUACGGGGUCGAUCUGUACGAGGCGUGUCUGGCCUCCUUCUGCACCCUGCCUCUGGCCGCCAUUGUAAACAGACAGUUUCUGUGUGUCCACGGAGGUCUGUCUCCUGAAUUGCAUACCCUGGACGAUCUGCGGCGAAUAGACCGGUUCCGAGAGCCCCCCACCCAUGGCAUCAUGUGUGAUUUGCUGUGGGCCGAUCCCUGCGAGGACUUUGGAGCCGAAAAGAGCAACGCACACUUUGUCCACAACUCCGUGCGAGGCUGCUCCUUCUUCUACUCCUAUCACGCCGCCUGUGCCUUCCUGGAGGCCAACGGACUGCUGUCCAUCAUUCGAGCUCACGAGGCCCAAGAUGCCGGCUACAGAAUGUACAGAAAAACCAAGAGCACUGGUUUCCCCUCGGUAAUGACCAUCUUCUCGGCACCCAACUAUCUGGAUGCAUACAACAACAAGGCUGCGGUUCUCAAGUAUGAGAACAACAUCAUGAACAUUCGGCAGUUCAACUCAUCUCCUCAUCCCUACUGGCUGCGCAACUUCAUGAAUGUGUUCACCUGGUCCUUGCCCUUUGUGGGUGAGAAGAUCACCGGAAUGCUCAUCACCAUGCUCAACAUUUGCACAAAGGAGGAGCUUGAAGAUGACGACAACGUUAGCGGGAUCAGUGAGGCUACUGAACCCGAGCCCGCUGCUUCUGUCGCCACCGGCGACUCUGAUGCUCCCAGUACCAUCUCGUUUGACCAGCGAAGGGCUCUCAGAAACAAGAUUCUGGCCAUUGGGCAAAUGUCGCGUCUAUUCAACGUUCUGCGACAAGAGUCCGAGUCUGUUUCCGAGCUUAAGGCUGUGUCUGGAGGCAAGCUUCCUCAAGGAACCCUUAUGCUCGGUGGCCAGGGUAUUCGAGAUGCUAUCACUUCGUUUGAGGAGGCUCGAAGCGCGGAUCUGAGCAACGAGCGCCUGCCUCCUACUAGUGAGGAGCAGGCCAAGGAGAAGCAACAGCAGCAGGAGGGCUUCAAGAAGGCCAUGGGCGAGCAUGACGAAAAGAUCCAGCGAUUGGCCCGACGGCUGAGCAGGGGUUGA